AUGGUAGAUCCUAAGAAGACCGAAGUUGUGCAAAAAUGGCCCAGACCUACUUUUCCUACAAAGAUUCGCAGCUUUUUAGGCUUAGUAGGCUAUUACAAGCAUUUUGUGCAGGAUUUCUCCAGAAUAGCAGCGCCACUGACUAAGCUAACACAGAAAAAUACAAAGUUUCAGUGGACGGAGGAAUGCAAGCAGAGCUUUCAAAAACUCAAAACACCUUUGCCAACUGCACUAAUAUUAGCCCUACCAUCAGGCAAGGCUGAGCAUCAGCGACCCGCAGGACUGUUACAACAAAUUGAGAUUCCAGAGUGGAAAUGGGAAAGAAUUACUAUAGAUUUUAUCACCGGGCUACCACGAACCCUUAGAGGUUAUGACUCUGUAUGGGUGCUUGAAGCACCUGCUAUACCGCUUGAUGAGAAGUUAUCUUACGAGGAGGAACCGAUGGCUAUUGUUGAUAGGCAAGGUAAAGAAAAUUGA